UCGCUCCCGGUGCCCGGGCACGCUUCGGCCAGCAGCACCACAGCCACGGCGCCCAGAGCAGCCAGCGCCGGCGCAGAAGGCAGCUGCUGCCCCCACCGCAGCCCAUCCCCUGCUCCCUGCCCCCGGUGACGCCCAGCCCGCUCCACAGCGCCUGCCGCUGCCCUUUCGACCUUUCCAGCUCCUCCUCCUUCCCCCAGCGCCGAGCCGCCGCUGCCCCCGCCCCUUAAGGCGGUCGGGGCCGCUUCCAGCGGCGGCGAGGGUUGGGAGAAGAUGGCGGCGGCCGCGGGUUGGGCCUUGCUGGGCCUAGCGCUAUGGCUGUGCGCGGCAGCCGGGGCCGGCGAGCCGGAGGGGAAGCGGCGAUCGGGGCCGGCCAAGAAGAAGGACAUUCGGGACUACAACGACGCGGACAUGGCUCGGCUGCUGGAGCAGUGGGAGAAAGAUGAUGACAUUGAAGAGGGUGAUCUUCCUGAGCACAAGAGGCCUUCGGCACCAAUAGAUUUCUCCAAAAUCGAUCCGGGCAAGCCUGAAAGUAUCCUGAAGCUGACGAAAAAGGGGAAGACCUUGAUGAUGUUUGUCACGGUGUCAGGAAAUCCCACAGAAAAGGAGACUGAAGAGAUUACCAGCCUGUGGCAGGGCAGUCUCUUCAAUGCCAACUAUGAUGUGCAGAGGUUUAUUGUUGGCUCCAACCGAGCCAUCUUUAUGCUGCGUGAUGGUGGCUAUGCCUGGGAGAUCAAAGACUUCUUGAUCAGCCAGGAAAGGUGUGCAGAUGUUACUCUGGAAGGCCAGGUUUAUCCUGGAAAAGGAGCAGAAGAAAGUGAGAAAGGGAAAAACAAAACCAAACCUGAAAAAGCAAAGAAGAAAAAGGAUGCAGACAAGAAAUCCAGUAGCACCCAAGAGGACAACAGGGACCAAACAGAGAGAGGAUCUAUGAUGGAGGCAUGACCCAGACUGAAUGCUGCUCUGCUGCUCCUGGAAGGGAAACUCAUUUUCCAUACAAUUCCUGGUUUUACUUUGGGGGGAAGGAAGGAAGCAGAGAUUCCUGAGGUUAAAAGACUGGUGUGUUGAAAUUCACCAGGUUACUUAUUAACAUUGGCCAUUUGUUUAGUUACAGGAAAGGUAAUGUUUAAUAGCAGCAACUGACUGCUUUCAUUUUUGUUUGGGUGGGUUUUUUUGUAUGCCUUUGUUGUUUAAAAUUAACAUAGAAAUGUGUGUGUCUAACAUCACAACGUGGAAAAGAAGAAAUGCAAUCUCAGAAUACACAGCCUUCGUCUGCAGGAGCUGUGCAGGUUGGUCACUGAUUUACAGCUGCUGUUAGCCAGCAGAGUGCAGUGCUGAAGGAUUCUCUGGGAGGCCUCUUUGCUGGGCUCACUUGGCAGAACUGCCUGAAAUGGCAGAGAACAGUGGCAAAAGAUACCUGAGGUGAUGGUCUUUAGGACUUGUCUGGUUAGCCUGCAUAUUUCUUGAAAACAAACCCCAUUCUGUGUGCCCCCAGAAAUCCAUGGAAGUACUCAGAGGUAUGGUAGAAGCUAGACAGAUACUUGACUAAUGCACUCCAAAUCCUUGAAGGAGGGAGGUUCUGUACCCCUCAGAAGUGAUGCCAGGAUGUUGAUGAAUUACACAGUACCCACAGUAGCUGUGUGGGGGUGAUGGGAAGAGUCAGAUCGACGCCAUUCAGGUUGCUACUGCUGCCAAAGAGCUGUGCCUGUGGAAGCAGGUGUUAUGUAUGUCCCAUUGCCUAGACUGAGCUAGAAGCAAGCUUUCCCUGUCACAUUAAUUUGUUUUCCUGGUUUAUGUGUUUAAAUGGUUGAAAGAGUACUGCUUACAGUGCAGAGUGGAACUCAGACAUAGCCCUCACUGAGGGUUAGUAAGCAGUAUGUUUUGGGGUUUGGGUACAGGGUCCUGACUGCCAUGUUGGAUGAGGAAUGAAGUGUGAUGUAUGGGAGCAAACACCAUUUCUU